ACGCCUGGAGUCACCGAGGCUGCUGCUUUUCUUUGGCCGCCGCUCGGUAUUUUUGUACUCCUCCUCUUUCUCCUCCUCCUUCAAGUCCCAGUUUGGCCGACCGGUUCUGUUCGCGGUCCAAAAGCUGAGACCUAACUUGCUACCUUGUCUGGAGUCUCAUGGUGACUCUGCAACUUGAUGGAUGACAAUAAACCUUUUCAACCAAAAAGAUUUUAAAGAGAGGAAAGAAGAGAGAGAGACAUCGAUGUGAGAAAGAAACAUCAGUCGGCUGCCUCCGAUAAUUCAAAAAUGGCAGAACUCUUUAUGGAAUGUGAAGAAGAAGAACUGGAACCAUGGCAGAAGAAAAUAGAAGAAAAUCAGGAUGAGGAUGAUGAUGAGCUAAUCUUUGUUGGAGAGAUAUCAAGUUCAAAACCAGCCAUUUCAAGUGUUACGGAUGCAUUCAAGCCUACAAGUCAACAUUAUGGAGACCCAUCAUCAAAUCCAGUGGCUGCCUUACCUAGAUUUAAUCCUGAAUCUAAAUCUUCACCUAGCUCUGUUAUUCAGAAUGUGUCUAAAUCGGAUUUUACAAAGAACUCAUCACAAGUUGAAUCGGAUGAUUCUUCAGAUUUACUGUUUGACCUGACCCAGGACACAGUGCCACUGUCCCAAGACAGAUCAACAAUUUAUAUAGAAGCUCUGGAUGAAACUUUGCCUAUAAAAAAACAUUCUGUUAUAGCAAGCAGACUUAAUCCAAAAAAGCCAAAGACCAACGAAGAUGUUUCUGAAAUAGAUUCUUGUGCUUCGUUAUCUUUAGACAGCUCUCCUUCAGUGACAUCCUCCCCAGUUAUGACAUCAAAAGAUACCUCAUCAAUUGAACAUAAAACUGGAAUGCCUUUUCAAAGACCUUGCCCAAAGUGCAAUGUUCAGUUCAAUCUUUUGGAUGCUUUGAAAUAUCACAUGAAGCGUUGUUGUCCGGACAUGGUAAAUAAAUUUUUGGAGAUGAUCAAAGUAGAAAUUUCAAAUACUGAAAGUAAAGAUAAGACUGGUACAGAGAAGGAAAAGUUGAUCAUGUUAGUUAGUGACUUUUACUACGGAAAACAUGAAGGAGAUGUUGACAAUGAGCAGAAAACUUACACAACCUUUAAAUGCUUCAGUUGCUUGAAAGUUCUUAAAAAUAAUAUUAGGUUUAUGAACCACAUGAAACACCAUUUAGAACUUGAGAAGCAGAACAGUGAGAGCUGGGAAAGCCACACCACCUGCCAGCACUGUUACCGUCAGUAUCCCACACCAUUCCAGCUGCAGUGUCACAUUGAGAGCACACACACACCUCAUGAGUUUUCUACUAUUUGUAAAAUCUGUGAAUUAUCAUUUGAAACAGAACAUACUCUUUUACAACAUAUGAAGGACACUCAUAAACCCGGUGAAAUGCCAUAUAUUUGCCAGGUUUGCCAGUUUAGAUCAUCAACAUUUUCUGAUGUAGAAAGUCAUUUUAGAGCAUCCCAUGAAAACACGAAGAACUUGCUGUGUCCAUUUUGCCUCAAAGUUAGUAGAAUGGCAACCCCGUACAUGAAUCAUUACAUGAAACAUCAGAAAAAAGGAGUUCAUCGCUGUACAAAAUGCAGACUACAGUUUUUGACCUGCAAGGAGAAACUGGAUCACAAGGCACAGCAUCGGACAUUUAUAAAACCUAAAGAGCUAGAAGGCUUGCCUCCUGGUUCAAAAGUUACUAUUCGAGCAUCAUUUGGACACCUUCAUUCAAAACCAUCAACUACAUCUUCCAGUGAUACUCCAAGCACUUCUUCUCUUCAGGUCUCACCUCCAAAGUCUAAAAAUACCACUGCUAAAAAUUCCACGAAAUCUAAUGCAACUAAGGCUAGGAUGUGUAAGCCUCGUGCAACUGCACCCACUGCAAGUAAAGCAUCCAAUGCAAGUAAGCAAGGUAAAGGUGCGUCUAAAUGCAAAGCAAAAACCUCUUACAAGCAAAAGAAACAACGCAACAGAAAGAACAAAAUCAGCAUAGCUUUGAAGAAUUUAAGGUGUUGUCGAGGAGUUCACAAGUGCAUUGAGUGUCAUUCCAAAAUAAAAGAUUUUGCAAGCCACUUUUCAAUAUAUAUCCACUGUAAUUUUUGCAAAUACAACACUAACUGUAACAAAGCCUUUGUAAAUCAUAUGGCGAGCUCUCAUAGCAGCCAUCCAAGUAAACAGUUUUCUAUUUUUAAGAAGCAUUGUAGAACUCUCAGGGGCAUUACUCUUGUGUGCCUUAAAUGUGAUUUCCUAGCUGAUUCUUCUAGUUUAGAUCGUAUGGCUAAACACUUAAGUCAACGUAAAAAUCAUACUUGCCAAGUUGUAACAGAGAAUGUUCCCAAAAGUACCUCAACUUCUGAACCUGCUUCUGACUGCUUGUUGAAAUAGAUUCCUGCUCUAUGGAGCUCGUGCAACCUGGUGCAAGACAAGUUGGAAUUUCCUAAGUUCAAAGUUCUGAAGUGUUUUUUUUACACAGAACCAGUUUCCUAAGUUCAAAGUUCUGAAGUGUUUGCUCACACAAAAACGGUUAAACAGCCAAGUCCAUGACACUAUCUCUCAUUCAGCUCUUUUCAGCUUUCAAAUGGCACUAGAUUCUUAUUCCACCUUAUCUUUGUGUCAGGUUAACAUAUCUUAACAUAUGCUUUUUUCCUCCAGUUGGCUCUCUCCAAAAAUAACUUUUGUCUGUUAUGGUCUUUAUCGCUUUGCUUAAAAUAAUGUGUGUAUUUCUCUGCUGUACUUGCCUUCAGAAUAUUGCAUUUCAAAUGCUAUGGCUGUUCAUCUUUUUUUUUUUUUUGUCUGUCUGAUUUCAUAGUUAAUUUCAUACAAAUCUUACAUUUUUAGGCCAGGUAGCUGUCUUUCUUCUUGUUCUUUGUCUGUCAUUGUUCUGUUUUUCAUAUUUUUCAGAUGGAGAAGCAACACAGAAAUUUCAAAAAUGUCCAGGGUACUCCUGGUCAGUGUCCCCCUUCGUUGGACACAACUGAUGCCUGUUCUCUCUUUCCAAGAAAUAUGAAUUGUUUAACUGUGAGACCUCCUCUAGGUUGUGGCCCUAGGAAAUCAUAUCUUGGGAAGAGUCCGUUCCUUCAUGGUGGAUCAUGCUAAUUUGGCCAGAGAUGACCACCAAAUUAAACACAACUUCUCACUGGGGGCUUUGGUUUUUUACCUUAAGCUUAUAGUUCAGUUCUGACCAAGAAAAGCCCAUCAAAUCAAUGCUUUUAACACCCAAGUUGAAGUUUAAUCAUUUAGGCUGCUGCCCUUUAGUCUUCUUCUGUCAUGUAUGCAGUUCAAGGACUAUAAAAUCUGCCUGUGUAGAUUGUAAAAUUGUGCCCUUGGAAAACAACUUUCCAAAAUGACAGUUCCAGCCCUGGCUGGUGUGGCUCAGGGGAUUGAGCACUGGCCUGAGAACCAAAAGGUCGCUGGUUCAAUUCCUAGCCAGGGCACAUACCUGGGUUGUGGGCCAGGUGCCCAGUAGGGGGUAUGAAAGAGGCACCAGUCAGUGUUUCUCUCACACAUCCAUGUUUCUCUCCUUCUCUUUCCCCCUCCCUCCCUUCUCUCUUAAAAUAUAAAUAAAACCUUUUUAAAUUUUUGAAAAAUAUUAGUAUUGCCAAAAACCCCUAGGGUUAAUACUGGAUAAAACUUAAAGUGGCAGUACUAAUAACUGUAAAUUUGGAACUGUAAUUUAUUUUUUAUUUAAUUAAUUAAUUAUUUUUAGAGCUCGGGGAAGGAAAGGAGAAAAGAGAGGGAGAGAAACAUCAGUGUGUGGUUGCCUCUAUGAACCUUUUGGUUCAUAGGCCAAAGCUCCAUCCACUGAGUCACACCAGCCAGGGCUUUAAUUUUUUUAAUUUAACUUAAUUUUAUCUUGGUUUUAUGUUGUUCUUCAACAAAUUUACUGAGGUCUGUUCUGUUCUGUCCACCUUUUAUUUCUUUUCUUUACAACUUUUGUGUUCAUUUUGUUUUGUUAAGAACACCAAGAAAUUCCUUAGACUUCUCUACAGACUUGAUAUAGCUACCUAUUGGUAUCUUCUUAAUUUGGUUAUUUUUCACACAUUAGACAUUAUUACACCCUCUGUCAAUCUUAGAACUAUUAUUAACAUUAUUUUAGUGAUUGUGAGUUCAAAGACAUAAGGAAUUGGCAAAAAAAACCUUUCUGUAGACCUUAAAACAAAUUUUAAAGUUACAUUUCUGUACAUGUAAUGCAUAAUAUCUUCUUAGCCAUUAAUGUAAUUCCUUUGGAUAAAGAUAAUAUAUUCAAAACUAUUGGGACCAAAAAUGCACUUGUUUCUUGCAUAUGUGUGUGUGUGUAUAUAUAUACACACACAUAUAUACAUAGAUGUAUAUAUUUUUUAAUUUGGUGUGUAUUUUGGUUACAUUGACUAUAGAUUUGGUGAACAGUUUUGAUGUUAUUACUUAUUUUUUUAAUAAAAUUUGUAUUGUUAAAA